GGCGUAUCUAUCCCACAAAAGCGCGAAAUACCGCUGUCCAGAAGUCGCUUACGAAUAGUCUCAAUCAUGGUAGACUGGCUAAACAAACUUUUACCUUUUGUAAAUAGCCCAGAAGAUUUCAACCUUGGAAAAUCCCUUGAGAAACUUUUGCAUGUUGAUGGAAGGCCAGUGCUUCUUGUGCUUGAAAAGGCUGUCAGGCUAUUCUUUAACAAAGACUUUGAAAAAUGUCAAUUCCAUUCCCAAAUAGCACUCGACAUGUGUUGGGAGAAAUUGAAUACUGGUCAUUGGAAAGAUGUAGAUGUAAUAUGGAGGGAGAGUUAUUCUUAUGGGAGCUUGUUCAAGGCAAUGUCCCUAAGGGAAAGUAGAAGAGACGGUGAGGCAAUAAAAGCAUGCGACAUGGGGCUUCUGUUAGGUGCACCCGUGAUGGACAAUAUUUUAAAUAGAUUAGUGAUUGACAUAAAUAGCUCCAAAAAGACUUCAGAAUCUGAGCUUUACUUAGAAAAUGAGUCUAAUCCAUCAAGUAUGAAAAGAACAGGCCCAAAUGACUGUGGCACUUUGGAUGAAUGUGAUGACCAGCCUACCAAGUUACUAAAACUUUCACACAUUCCAGUGCUAAAUCAAGAUUUUGAGGUCCCACAUUGUAACUCUAUGUCACUCCAAGAUUUUCUUAUGAGCCAUAUGAAAAAGGACAAGCCUGUUAUACUUGACGGCAUGAUGGAGGCGUGGCCAGCAAUGAGGAAAUGGGGGCUGGAGUACUUGAAGGACAUUGCAGGUUACCGUACUGUGCCAAUUGAACUUGGAUUGCGUUAUACGGAUGAGGAAUGGACUCAGAAACUCAUGACAAUCUCUGAAUUUGUCGACAAAUAUGUUAGCUGUAGCAAUAGUUCUCAGGUGGCAUAUCUUGCCCAACAUCAGCUUUUUGAUCAAAUUCCUGAACUCCGCCGGGAUAUAAUAAUCCCUGAUUACUGUUGCCUAGGUGAUGAUGAUCGUGAUGUUAUGAUAAAUGCAUGGUUUGGUCCGAAAGGAACUGUAUCUCCACUGCAUCACGACCCUUAUAAUAACCUCCUAGCACAGGUAGUUGGAGAGAAGUAUUUAAGACUUUAUAGUAAGGACCAGACAGACAAGCUGUACCCACACGAGACCACUUUGCUUCACAACACCAGCCAGAUUGACGUAGAGGCACCAGAUCUGGCCCAGUUUCCAGCCUUCUACAAAGCCUCAUACCAAGAAUGUAUACUCCGUCCCGGACAGAUGCUGUUCAUUCCGCCUGGACAUUGGCAUUAUGUGCGGUCACUAUCUGUUAGCUUCUCAGUCAGCUUUUGGUGGUGAGGAGAAUUAUGAUGGUUCUUCCCAUAGGAAAAAAAUGAGUGUUUACAAAUGGUGAUUGACAUUAAAUACUAAAGACUAUAAACACUAAUGUUUCAACACAAUUGAAUAAUAACAACAAAAUACAUACAUCUGAUGUAAGAUAGUAAUAUAGUAGCCGGAUUUAUGAGAUGCUUUGAGACUGUUCACUUAAAGCGUCUUGGUAAUUGAACAUAAAUGUUCAACUAUUGUAAAUGUAUUUUUAUAUGCAUGUAUAUGUAUUUGUAUAUUACAGUAAAAAUGGAUUUGUAAUUUUGAAUAAAUAAUAUCUUUUUGCAAUAGCUUUUAUUCAUUCAUGCUAUUUUGUCUAUAUAUAGAGUACAUAUUUACCCUAGGUGCCACAGGCCAACCACUGCCAUGCAUGAAAUAAGCAAGAAGUAUUUGGUCAAGGUUCUAGUUGGGUUUUGUAACGAUACCGUAGACCCAAAUGGCUUCAUUUCGGGUGAAUUUUUUUUAUUAUGCCAUUCGAUGACAAUAGGCACACUCUAGAUGUUAG